AUGGGAGGUGACCAAAGUAUCGAUCCAAAUGAUUACGCUAGGCCUUUUCAAAAAGAUAUAUAUCUCCCAAUUGGUGGCGCAAGAUCCAGCGAAGAUCGUCAACAAACUUUUGGCGUCUCUGUUGAUGAAGAUUUAGCGAAAACAAAGCAAAAAAUAGUAAAAUCUGCAUUUUCAGGAAUAUGGUCCACAUUCUCUCCUUCCAGUAUAGCUCCUAGUCCUAGAACAGGGCAUUUUACAGUUCAUGAUAUUGAAAAUAGAAAAGUUUACAUUGGAUAUGGUAUGUUAGAAAGCGGUGAAAUUGUUUUUGAUCUCUGGUGCUUAUCAUUGAAUAAUUUACAAUGGAACAUGAUGAAAAUUUCAGGUGAGUCAAUAACACCACGAACAGGAGCAAAAGCAGCUUUUUACAAAAACUCCAUAAUAAUUUUCGGCGGUUUUGCCGACUCUACGUAUUACUCAGAUAUCCAUUAUAUUAACUUAGAAACGUUACAACUAAAAUUUUUGCAAACAACAGGAAAUCUUCCUGUCCCACGAUCUUCCCCAAUUAUGGAAGUUAUAAACGAUAAACUAUACAUUUGGGGCGGUUUCAACGGAAACUGGAUAAGUGACCUUAGUGUUUUGGAUCUCCAGACUUUAGAAUGGUCUAACUAUCCACAAAAUAUUAUAGGGCGUGCAAACAUACCAUCCGUUGUUUACGGAAAGCACAUUCUGGCGUACGGAGGUUCGAAAUCUGGUGGUUUACUAGAUAUUGACACACAAAACAAUAUCGUUCAAAUCAUACAGACUACCGGACCUGCUCCUCCUCCAGCAGCCCUUGCUUCUGGAAUGGUUCUGAUCCAAGAUCAUCUUAUUUUCUUUGGAGGCAGAACCGAAUUCGAAGGAAGCUUAGUUUAUGCAUAUAACAUUUCAAAACGAUGGUGGUUCGUGUUCCAUGUUCUCCCUGAUGGCCAAACUGCUUCAUUAGAGGAUGGAACCAUUAGCGACAUGGGAUUAUUCAUGAUUCCGAAGUUCCAUUCAUUUAGUGCAGUAUACGAUGCCAAUACACGAACAAUUUUAUCUUUCCUCGGCGAACCUUACUUAUCAUAUCCUGUAAUUCACAAAUUUGAAGUUGCUGAGGCGCUUGCUUAUCUUAAUUUAAGAGAGGAUAUGACUGAUAUACUUAAUAUUGCAAAAUAA